AUGUAUGCGCUUUACUUCAUCCUGGUGACUGUCAUCUGUUGUGUUAUGAUGUCAACAACCGUAGCUAACGAAAUGAAAACGCACAUUCCCUUCUACAAGGAGAUGUGCAAGGGCAUUCAGGCGGGUGAGAUGUGCGAGAAGUUGGUGGGAUACUCUGCAGUGUACAAAGUCUGUUUUGGGAUGGCCUGUUUCUUCUUUUUGUUCUUCUUGUUCACCAUCAAAAUUAACAGCAGCAAAAGCUGCCGGGCAUACAUUCAUAAUGGAUUCUGGCUCAUUAAACUUAUACUUCUGGCAGCGAUGUGCUCAGGAGCCUUCUUCAUUCCUGAUCAGGACACUUUCCUCAAUGCCUGGCGCUAUGUAGGUGCAACAGGAGGCUUCCUUUUCAUUGGCAUUCAGCUCAUCCUGCUUGUUGAGUUCGCACACAAAUGGAAUAAAAAUUGGACUGCAGGUGCAAACCACAAGCAGAUGUGGAAUGGUUUGCUUGCCCUGGUCACUCUCAUCUUGUACUCCGUUGCUGUGGCAGCCCUGGUCCUCAUGGCUCUUUUCUACACACGCUCAGAGGGCUGCAUGUACAACAAGGUCCUAAUUGGUGUUAACGGUGGCCUGUGCCUUUUUGUGUCGCUGGUGGCCAUAUCGCCCUGUGUCCAGAAUCGCCAGCCCCAUUCUGGUUUGCUGCAGUCAGGAGUUAUCAGCUGCUAUGUCAUGUACCUCACUUUCUCUGCACUAUCCAGCAAGCCACCAGAAACUAUCCUGGAUGAAAACAAUCAGAACAUCACAAUCUGUGUACCUGAAUUUAGUCAAGGCCUGCACAGAGAUGAAAACCUGGUUACUGGCUUGGGUACUACCAUUUUGUUUGGCUGCAUUUUAUAUUCUUGUUUGACCUCAACAACACGUGCAAGCUCAGAGGCAUUGAGAGGAAUAUAUGCAACACCUGAAACUGAACUGAUGCUGAAGACCACACUGAAAAAAGGGGAGGCCAGACUGUGA